GCGACGUAUCAAAACCAAAGGGUAGACGAAAAAAAAAAAAACUGAGAGAACACCAGAAAUGAAUCCUGCCGCAGACAUGGACCUUCGCGCAGAACUGCUGAAGUCCAUUUGGUAUGGCUUCACAGCUUUGGAUCUAGAGAAGAGUGGAAAAGUGUCCAAGUCUCAGCUUAAGGUACUGUCCCACAAUCUUUGCACAGUUCUGUGUAUUCCACAUGACCCAGUUGCUUUAGAGGAACACUUUAGGGAUGAUGACGAUGGACCCGUGUCAAGCCAGGGCUACAUGCCUUACCUCACAAAAUAUAUCCUGGACAAGGUUGAAGAGGGCUGUUUUAAGAAGGAGAACGUGGAUGAGCUCUGUUGGACUCUAACAGCAAAGAAAAAUUACCAUCCAGACAAGAACAGCAGCAACAUACUGCCAGAGAAAGAUGCUUUUCGACUUUGGUGUCUCUUCAACUUUCUGUCUGAGGACAAAUACCCUUUGGUCAUGGUCCCAGAUGAGGUGGAGUAUCUACUGAAAAAGAUAUGCAUGGCUAUGAGUAUUGAGUUUAACUGUGUUGAAUUAGACGACUUCAUCUCCCAAGAUGCUGUGCAGCAGAAUGGCUUCACAGUUUGGGCAUUCUUGGAGAUGAUGAAUUCAGGGAAGUUAACCAGAGGAACAGAUCGAGGCAUUAUCAGCAUGGCUAUUGAGGAAAUUUACAGGGAAAUAGUUGGUGAUGUCCUCAAAGAGGGAUAUCUGUGGAAGAAGGGCCAGCUGAGGAGGAACUGGAAAGAACGGUGGUUCACCCUAAGACCAAGCAACCUGGCCUACUAUACCGGGGAAGACCGCAAAGACUGUCAAGGCAACAUAGUUCUAGACGGAAACUGCUGUGUGGAGGUGCUACCAGACCGAGAUGGGAAGAGGUGCAUGUUCUGUCUAAAAACCCUCUCAAAGACCUAUGAAAUGAGUGCCUCCGACACCAAGCAAAGAAAAGAAUGGACCACAGCUAUACAAACAGCCAUCAGGCUGCAUUUGGAGGGAAAGUCGUCCCUCCACAAGAACUUGAAGCUGAAGAGACGGGAGCAGCGAGAGCAGCGGGAAAAGAGGAGUCAGGCCAAAGAAGAAGAGCUGCAGAGGCUACGAGCCCUGCAGGAAGAACGGGAGCGAAAGAUGGCGGAGCUGGAGCUCCUGAAGGAGGCGCAGAAGCAGACUCAGACCCUCCUGGAGCAGGAGAAGAGGCGCCAGCAACAUGAGCAGAGGAGGCAGGCCCUGGAGGUCCAGCUUCGUGAAGCUGAGGAGGCGCGGGCCAGUAUGCAGGCAGAAAUGGCUCUGAAGGAGGAGGAGACAGAGAGGCAGAGGAGGAGGAUUCAGGAGCUGGAAGAGAUGCAGAAGCGCCUGGAGGAGGCACUACAGCAGGAGAUCAAGGCCAGGCUGGAUGAGGAGGCCUUUCGCUAUGCUCAGGCUGGGUUACUGGGUGAGGAGGAGGAGAAAAUGAAGGCCCUGAUGGCCCUUCAGGAGGAGCAAGAGGAGUACAUUCUGAAGACCCAGCGGGAGAAGCAGGAGCUGAAGCAGGAGAUGGAGAACAAGUCCCGGGCCUUGGAGGAGGCCCAGAGACAGUUGGAGGAGGUCCGUGCCAACCGAUACAGAGUUGACCAGGAUGUGGUGGCUGCUCAGAGGAAACUCCGCCAAGCCAGCACCAAUGUCAAGCACUGGAAUGUGCAGAUGAACAGACUGAUGCGUCCAAUUGGACCAGGAGAGAAAAGACCGUCCUUGCGAAGCUCUCUCCCCACUUUCCAAAUCCCCACACAGCAGGACCCUGGACUACGUCUCAGAAAGCAGUCUGAGGAGCAGGAUCAGUGGAGCAAGGAGAACGUUAACAAGAGUGCAGGGUGUGAAGGGGAGAAACGCCUCUCCCAGGCCUCCAAUGGAGACAUGGAUAUCCCGUAAAGAACUUCAAUCAGAUAGCUUGUUAAGUUCGUCUAUGAUCACACUUUAAGGCAUUGUGAAGAACACAAGUCCACUGUGUUAACUAUGUUCUUGCUGUGGGAUGGAGGACUGCAAGGCAAAUAGCUCAAGGGAAACGGACGGAGACAGACUUUAUUGCCAUUUGUAUUAAAAGUCGGAUAAACUCACAUCUUCUUGCAGGCAGCAAUGAUUUUGAACAUGUUUUAAUGAUGUUGUUUUCAAAACUAAUUUCACUUCAACCCAAGUGAUGCCUGCUGUCAUUACAAUGAUACCUCACAGUGAAGAAAUCAAAUCUUAAGUGUGACAGUUUUGAAAAUUUGAGGGCCAUUUUUGUCUUUCAGUGACUAUGAUGUGAAUAUAUUGUUCUGUAUUAUAAACAGGUCGAAAACGUCCAUCCUUGUAUAUGUAUUUCAAUUUUUUAAGCAAAAAACUUUUUGUUGCAUAACGUGAUUUUAAUCACUGUUGAUAGCACAAUGUCAUCCCAACAGUAUCUCGCUACAAAAGAAAAAAGGUGAAAAAAGAAAGAGCCUGAGACAAGUCUCGUACACUUCCUGUUUCUAUUAUCGGUUAGCAGGCUUGUAAAUAUUAGAACGCAUCAGAGGUUUUUGUCUGUGCCUCAGUUAACUGUAAAAUCUAACCUGUUAGUCAGGUGAACUGUAACGCUGAUUUUUGUAAUAAAAUUUCAACGGA